AUGUGGUGCGCUGUCGGUGUCGGUGUUGGAUGGUGCCGGAGUUCGCUGAGCCGUUUACCGAUGCUGCGGCGCGAGGGAAAGCAGAGAGGCCGCCGCUGUCGCGUCUUGUUAAGUGACCUGAAGGCUUUGCUGCUCAGGCCACCACCGACACCGGCACCGGCACCGUCGGACAUGAACGGAGCGCCGAGCUCACACGGCGCUUCUCCGACGGACCGGACACGGGAGGAGAACGAAGAGGACGCAGCCGCCGCCGCCGCCGCCGAGUGGGCUGGAGAAGGAGCGGAACGGUGCGCCACGGAGAGUCCGGACGGCGGCAGCUCGAGCGAGGACUGCAGCAAAGAGAAGCUCGACGAGAGAGCGAGUCUGGAGAGCUGCACGGAGAGCGGAGCGCGGACACCGCUGUGCAGGAUCUGUUUUCAGGGCGCAGAUCAGGGUGAGCUGUUGAGUCCGUGCCGCUGUAGUGGCUCAGUGCGCUGCACUCAUGAGCCAUGCCUGAUAAAGUGGAUCAGUGAGAGAGGCUCGUGGAGCUGUGAGCUGUGCUACUACAAAUACCAAGUCAUCGCCAUCAGCACCAAGAAUCCGCUACAGUGGCAGGCGAUCUCUCUGACGGUGAUCGAGAAGGUGCAGAUUGCAGCGGCGGUGCUCGGUUCGCUCUUCCUCAUCGCUAGCAUCUCAUGGCUCGUGUGGUCUUCGCUCAGUCCCUCAGCCAAGUGGCAGCGCCAGGACCUGCUCUUCCAGAUCUGCUAUGCCAUGUACGGCUUUAUGGACCUGGUGUGCAUCGCUCUGAUCGUGCACGAGGGGCCGUCCGUGUUUCGGAUCUUCCACCGCUGGCAGGCUGUGAAUCAGCAGUGGAAGGUGCUCAACUAUGACAAACUGAAGGACUCAGAUGACCCUCAGAAGGGCAGCAGCACCCUACGCUCCCUCACACUCCCUCUGAGCAAUCGGGGAGGAGUGGCCCCACCCACUUCACCUUCUCCCUCUAGCUCCGCCCUUACUACAGCUGCUACAGCGACCGUGACCCCAGGCACGACUGUCCCAGUAGACACGAUGGCUCCAGAGGACUCCUCAGAGGCGGAGCGUCACUGUGCGUACAGCCUGCUGCAGCUGCUCAGUCUCAAUCUCCGAAACCAGGAGCCCAGAAAUACCACAAUGCAGCCCAGAAACGACAACCGCGAGCUGGUCAUGAGAGUCACCACCGUCUGAGUGAAGCCAAACUCGGGAAGGGAAGAAUGACAGUUGGACCCAGUGGUAGAGAUGUUUGCUAGCAAAUGAGCUCAAUGUUCUUCUCAAGGUCCACUUUGGCAUU